AUGCACCUCUCCAUCCUACUCUCGCUCGUCACGACAGCUCUUCCGCUCGCCCUCGUCGACGCCGCCCCUGCGCCUGCCGCCGACGUCGCCUCGACCGACUCGUACCGCGACGACGGGCACUGCGGCGGAGGAGGCGGGUACGGCGGGAAGGUCGACGACUGGGGUCGCUGCGGCGGAAAAGGAUACACGGGUCCGACUGAAUGUAAGGAUGGAUUCUACUGCAAGCUUUGGUCCGAGUGGUACUCGCAGUGCAUUGAGAAGCCGCACCCGUAUCCUCCUCCGCCGAAGACGACAAUCUCCACGACGACCUGGGCGCCGUACCCGACAUACGUUCCCGGCGGCGGCAAGUGCAAUUCGUGGCAGAAGUGCGAAUCCGGCUUCACUUGCGUGAAGGGCCACUGCGUGAAGGAUCACAAGACCUCGUCGACCACCUCCUACAAGACCUCCUCGACCUCGAAGACGCCCUAUCCGACGCACAAGCCGCAGUGCUGGUCCGACAAGCAGUGCUCGUACGGCGAGGUCUGCUUCGAGGGCUACUGCAAGAAGGAACACAAGCCCACGACCAGCUGCUCGACCUCGACCACCUCGAAGGGCGGCUACCCUCACUCCACCUCCACCACCUCCUACGGCGCUUACCCGACCGGCUACCCUUCGACCGCGCCGGCUUGGGGACAAUGUGGCGGAAAGGGAUGGCACGGGCCGACGACUUGCGGCGCCGGUUACGUUUGCAAGUACCAAAAUGUUGGCUGGUCGAUGUGCGAGCCGAAGCACUGA